UUGGCUGGCUGCCUUAUCAUCUGUUAUUCUCUCAUACUUGUCUAAUCGAAACAGAACUGUGCUCGUGAUCGUGAUAAGCCCUAAAGGCCCGUGACUUUCGUUCACCAAACAUAAUUUUCGAGACCAUAUCGCCUAAACUAUUAUGUGGAACAAUAGUGAGCCCACACAUUUCUAUACAAAACACUUCCUGCCAAGCUGGCUGGAUCAGAAGGAAUUGCAAAGUCUCGUGAAGCAGGAAGUUCGGGAAUAUAAUGAUAUUAUCAAAAUUUGCAGUAAAAUGGAAUAUUAUACCCAACCAGCGCUCAAUCUACAAAUUCAAUUGCAACUAAGAGGUAACAUCACACGGACUAUCGAUUUCUUGGUGAAGUCGCGAGAGGUAGUCAAUAGUGUGCCCUUGAAGUUUGCAGUUGCCACAGGCUUCGACGUGGAACUCUAUAUGUACGACCAGUUGUUGCCCGCUCUCGAUAGGCUCUACAGGAAUGUGGGUCAAACUAUACACUUCGGUCCAAAGAGGCUUAGACCCAAGGUUCCGGCAACAAAUAUCUCCCGUUGCUUGUAUUUGGAUUACAUGCAAGCGAAGGGCUACGAUGUGGUGAACCAUGGACUGGAAAAAUCAGCCAUGCAGAUAGCAUUAUCCAAACUAGCUGCCUACCAUGCAGCCACAACGGUCUAUCUUCAAUAUGUGGGAGAGAUUACGGAGCUACCAAAACUAUUGUCGAGCAAUCCACCACCGAAGGCAGUCACUGAUUUCAAAAACUCGCUUCAAUUUCAUUUCCUUGACAGUUUACGUUCAAUACGUUUUCGGGAGUACGAAGACAAAGUGAAAUCGUUUCAGCGCUACGUUGCCAAUAAUCUUCAACACCAAGAUGCCGACAACGCCUUUAAUGUAAUUCUGAUUGGCGCCUGUUCCUUGAAUAAUCUGCUUUGCCACACGGAAGUCGAAGGUCAUAUUAAGGAUAUACUUUUCACAGAUUUCGGCGCGGCCACAUAUGGACCCGCCGUUUAUGAUAUAUUCCACCUGUUUCUAACCGCACCUCGUGGAGCGGACAAAAUUGAAAAUUUUGACGAUCACCUAAAGUUCUAUCACGAACAGUUGAUAAUGAAUCUGCAACUUCUGGGAUAUAAGGAAGUGUUGCCAACACUUUCAGAUCUUGAAUCGGAUUUACACAAAUUCAGACAUUGGGGAUUUGAAGCUGCUACAGAAGUUCUGCCCAUAUCCUUAGUGAACAACAGCAAGGACCUUAAUGACGUUUUUAGAUAUUGGCGUUACACUGAACAAAUCAAAGAGAUACUUCCCUGGUUGGAAAAUCGUGGUUACUUAAAAGAAGAUUGAUCUAAACUCGUUUUAAUUAGACAUAUAGUACAGCCGGUGCUAUUUAAUAAUAUAAAUAGUUUUAAAAUGUAAAAAGAGCGUUUAUGUCGAUGGGAGGUAUUUUAAAGUUCCAACGCAACUGCGAUUGCAAAUUCCGAGCUCACACUUUAAAGCCAUGGUCAGCCAAACAAAUAAUUUGCUCACAAGAUUAUCAAAUUUCAAAGGUAGUUCAUUUGUAUGAUUAAUCAAUUAAAAACCAAUUCUUAGUUGACAUUCUUGUCGACUGAUAUUAGACAAAAAAUGCACAUUUCAAUGAAGAUUGUUAUAAAACUAAAAACCGGGUUAUUACAAAUAUGUGAAUAAAUAGACGUGCUGAUCAUGGAUUUAUCAUUCAA